AUGCAGCUCGAGACCCCAACUGUGAUUCUCGCCUUCUUCGGUCUUGCUUACACAGCACCAACCAACAUGGCCCGAGAGGUUCCCCAAGAACACUCUCACGAGAAGUUCGUCACUUGUCUCCGCACUAGCUUGAAACUCGACAACCCAGAGAAGAUCCAGGACCCCAUUCUCGGCCUCUUGGGCAACGUAGCCGCAGCCGCAGGAGCAGGGGCGAUCACAAACCUGGACUGUCUCCACCAGGCGACAGCUCAUCGUGCAUUCACUAACGCCAAGGCUGCUGGUGAUUUCCAAGCCCAAUCCGAUCCUCUGAUCUUCGCUGCGUUUGAGAGAAAUGCCGCAGGUGUUGGUACCGCCAGCGCUCUCUGUAAUGAGACAGCCGUCGAUCCCGACAUCGCUGCCAUUACCCAAAAAAAGAUUCAGCUUCCGAUGGGAGCCGCAGCUACCAACAAGAUUGCUUCUAUUGGCGGCAACUCACGAGAUGAUCUUCUCUCGGGAACCUUCGCUGCAGAAGGGAUGUAUUUCACGAAUAAGCUCAUCGUCGACGAUGCUACCGCCGCCGAAAUGACCGGGGCCGUUGCUGGAGCUUCUGCUGGGAGCUCUGCCUCGAACUCGGACCCCGCGCCGGCUGCCAAGGCAUCGGCCAGCAAAGCCGGAGCCGCUUCAGCCAGCGCAGGAUCUGCAAGCCCAGCCUCCGGAACGAACGUCCAGUCCUCCACGGACUCCCUCGGGAGCGCAGCACCCGCCGUCAUCCGGUCUUCCGGCGACCGCGCGUUCAGCGUGAACGGCAGCACGUUCGUCGAUUCGAGUGCUGCUCUCCAGUUUUCUCGUGUUGGGCAAUCAUUCAGCUGCUUUCCUUAUUGUGCGGGUGGCGGGGGUGGUGGGGGGAGAGGGCAGAGGACGUUGAUUUGA